CUCUCAGCCACAUAACAACCCAACCAGAAUCCCAAAUCCCAUCUCACACUCUUCAAUUCCCCUCUCAACUCAUCGUCGCAAUGGCCACCGCCACCGCCGCCGCAACCUCCUCCUUCAUCGGAACACGCCUCGUCGACGUGCGGCCGAGUUCCGCCCGAGUCCAAGCCCGAUUCGGAUUCGGUAAGAAAAAAGCUCCAGCAAAGAAAUCGCCGCCGUCGAAAACGAUAUCCGACCGUCCGCUGUGGUUUCCAGGAGCCAAGGCGCCGGAAUGGCUGGACGGAAGCUUGGUCGGCGACUACGGAUUCGAUCCGUUCGGGCUGGGGAAACCGGCAGAGUAUUUGCAGUACGAUUUGGACUCGUUGGACCAGAACUUGGCGAAGAAUGUGGCGGGAGAUAUAAUCGGGACGAGAUUUGAGAGCGCCGACGUGAAAUCGACGCCGUUUCAGCCGUACUCGGAGGUUUUUGGAUUGCAGAGAUUCCGUGAGUGCGAGCUGAUCCAUGGAAGAUGGGCGAUGUUGGCCACACUCGGCGCUCUCGCCGUUGAAGGCCUCACUGGUAUCACUUGGCAAGACGCCGGAAAGGUGGAAUUAGUGGAAGGUUCGUCGUACCUUGGGCAGCCGCUGCCCUUCUCCCUGACCACACUGAUCUGGAUCGAGGUUCUGGUGAUCGGAUACAUCGAGUUUCAAAGGAACGCCGAGCUGGACCCGGAGAAGAGGCUGUACCCAGGAGGCAAGUUCUUCGACCCCUUGGGCUUAGCCGAGGAUCCCGAGAAGAAAGCGGUCCUACAAUUGGCGGAGAUCAAGCACGCUCGCCUAGCCAUGGUUGCCUUCCUAGGCUUUGCGGUUCAGGCUGCUGUCACUGGCAAAGGCCCCCUCAACAACUGGGCCACCCACCUCAGCGACCCACUCCACACCACCAUCAUUGACAACUUCUCCUCUUGAACUCUUCGAGUUUAUGUGUUCAUUGUUGUCUUCAAAACUUGACCGAGUUUAUGUGAUCUUGAGUUGUAAGUAAGUACGUUGUUGCUUCGAGAUUCGAUCCGAGUUUAUGCGUCGAUUGUUGUCUUACAAACUCGAUUGAGUAGUAAUGUGAUCGUGAGAUGUAACUACUUUGCUUUGAUGGUUCGUAUGUGAAAUUAUAUAUUAUUUAA